UGGGCUUCAGCUGGCAGCAAAUUACCCUCAAAGGCAUUUUCUCAGACUCCUACUGAAGAAGCCGACGAAGGACCUCCCAGCAUGUCCAUGCUUGCCGAGCCCCGGAGGAAACAGAAGUGGUCAGUUGAUCCAAGGAACAGUGCCUGGAGCAAUGACAACUCCAAGAUUGGCCAGAAGCUCAUGGAGCGAAUGGGCUGGUCCAAAGGAAAGGGCCUUGGCAAAAGUGAACAAGGAGCCACUGACCACAUCAAAGUGAAAAUUAAAAACAACCACCAUGGUCUUGGAGCCAGUGCAAGCCAAGAGGAUAACUGGAUCGCUCACCAGGAUGAUUUCAACGACCUUCUUGCUGAGCUAAACAGCUGCCAUGGCCAAAGCAACAGCACUGAAACUUUUCCAAAAGAGCAGAAAGGUUUCAGCUUGGAAGAGAAGUCCAAGACCUCCAAAAAGCGAGUCCAUUACAUGAAAUUUGCAAAAGGGAAGGACCUUUCCUCCCGAAGUGUAACGGACCUCAACUGUGUCUUUGGAAAGAGAGCAAAAUCUGCCAAACACCCUGAGCAGGGGAGCAGCAGCAGAGACUCUCAGAGCGACAAUGGCGAGGCUCCUCCUUGUGAACCUGACCCGAAGGCCAUCACCCGCACCGUCACCAGCACCCUCACCAUGCAGGAGUACUUUGCGCAGAGAAUGGCCCAGUUGAAGGUGGCCCGGAACCAGGACGCUGCCGCCUCCUCAGUGGAGGACCAACCAUGUGAGGAUGCCUCUGCUUCCAGCGAAGAGCCCAAAAAGAAGAUGAAAAAGAAGAAGAAAUCUGCAGAGGAGAUGGAAGUCUAUUGCGAUGCACCUGUUGCAGAAGAAGCAGCUGAUGAGGACCAACAACCUUCGAAGCAGAAGAAGAGAAAGAGGAAAAAUGAGGAGCUUGAAGGUGCUUUGAAUGAAAACUCCAGCACGGCUGUAGAGCAGGACUGUGAGGAGGAGGAGAGGCCUCCCCCCAAGAAGAACAACAAGAAGAAGCAUAAAAAACACAAAAAGGAAGGCGAGAUGUUGAAUGGACCUGCCCUGAAUGUGGCAAAAUGCAGCGAGGUGUUGGAGGUAACGGAGAAGAAAUGUAAAAAGCACAAGAAAAAGAAGCAAGAUUUGUGAGGAAUUGAUGACAUUUUGUCAAAGGGGGGGCGAGCAUCUAUGCCAAUGAAUGGGCUGAUCACAUUUUGACACAGUACUGUACCUCUCUUUCUUCUCUUCUCUUUCCCUCCCGCAGGGGCAGCACUGGUUAAGCUGCAGUUCUUGGCCACUCCAAGCACCGGACGAGACAAAUGAUUUUCUUACACUUCAUGACACAUGAAUUGAAGUUGUAUUUAGAAACUGCUUGCAUCUGACACGUUUAGUCUAAACGAUGUCAUCCACUUGGCAAAACUAGGACACGAGUGAGCUGCAGACAAAAUAAAUCCAAGUGACCACUGAUGUUUAUUUGUGGUUUUCAUGAAGUGAAUACAGCAAACACACCCACCAGUCAUUUCACUCACUGCUUCCUUUUGUGAUAGCUAGCCCUGCAUGGAGAUAAAUGCGGGUGUGCUGGUGCACUCGUGCCUUGUGAUUGGCUGUCUUUUUAGUGUUUGCUUUCAACAAGCAGCUGUACCUCAUGAAGUGGACCAGUGGACCAAUGAAUGUGCUGUAAAAGCCCAUUUUUGUAACGAUGCGAUUCCUUCAGCUGCAUGUUGAACUGUCAGCAUGUUCAUCUGCAGCCACCAGUGUGGGUGUGAGUCAGAUGAGGAAAAGGUUUGGUGUAAAAAUAAAAAGACUUGAUUGGGUUAUCUUUUGUGGCAUCAA